UUUUAAAAUAAUUCCAAUGUGAUUUCUGGGAGCUGUUGUCAUAGUCUUCUGAAUGGAAAAAAAACUGAUUGGCUGCCCCUAACUUUAUAUUUCCGAGAUAAUAGACUUUUAGUCUAUGUACCGUAGAAUGUUGUUGGGAGAAAAGAAACUCUAAAUACAAGGUAACAUUAUUUUUCAUUUUCUAUUGAUUUAAUAUUAGUUUGCAGCAUGUUAUAUGUUUUGUUACAUAUAUGUAAUCUAUAAUUUCAAGUAAAUCUUCAUUGAGAACAUCACAGAACUAUGUCAUAUUAAAGAAUAUACAAAACUAACUAUGCAUUGUAUAAUAUUUUAUAUCUAUGAUAUUAUAUCAGUGCUUAGAUUGACUUCCUCUUGUGCUUAGAACAUUAAUUUUACCAGCAUGCAUCUGACCAGCUCAUUGUCUGCUUAAUGUGAACCUGUUUAUAACUUGGAACAGUACUGAUUUCCAAACGUGGCACUGUAUCCGUUGUUGAACUACAUUUCAUAUAUUUACAUAUGUGUACUUAUAUAUUAUUUAUAUAUGCCUAACAUGUGUGCUUAGCACUUUACUGAUUACUGAGGCCAAGUAUUGUUACGAAUAAGGCCAACAGCAGUGCAUAUAUUAUAUAUAUUUUUAAAACAGUCAACUAAUCUGUGUCACUAUCAGACAGAGAAUUAUGGGAAUUGUAGUUCAACAACAGUAAGUCAUGUUUGGAUCCCUCUAUGUUGUGAUCAGGAUAAAUAAUUUAUGGGUUUGCGCAUUUGUCUGAUAUAAUUAAUACUAUAUUUUAACAUAAUAAAAACAAUUGAUUAUUAAGUAAGUAGAUACUGAUUGCUAAUGUUUUAUAUACUUCUGUAAUUCAAUGCUUGUGGUAGGAAGCAGUUAAUUUUUAUAUAUAUAUAUAUAUAUAUAUAUAUAUAUAUAUAUAUAUAUAUCUGUUUACAUAUACCUCAAACAUUGACACACCCCUCAGGGUUAUGGCCGUCUGCUGUUACCUUGCACUUGUUGAGAGCGUGAUGAGACUUAUUGUUUAAUGCUUGGAUAAAAUUUAUUUUCUAAGUUUUGUUUUUUUCACGAAAUGGUUAACUGUGGUAAAUUGAUAACUGCAUUAUAAAAAUAAGGCUCACAAAGUAAACCCUGCCUGCUUGGCAACGUGGGUGAUCAAAAUAUUUAUUUAACUGGCCCUGUGCCCCCUUAAAGCUGUGAGUGCAGAUAAUCUAGAGUGCUCCGUCCUGUCCAGGCCAGGAGGAGCUUUUACAGUCAUAGUUUGGAGCUCUGGGAAUAACCCUGCACACUGUCCUUGUGAUAAAUCCUACCAGAUCAGUCCUAUUUUGUCAAUGCCAUCACCUAAUAGUAAAAAUGUUAAUUUUUCAGGUCGUUUUAACCACUUCAAGUUACAAUUGCUAAAGAUGAAGUUAGUACUACUUGUCUGCAUUUGGCUCCUUUCAGAAACAUAUGCUCUCCCAGUAAGUAUGAAGAAUAAUUAAUUUUACAUUAAAUAUCAUUGUUAUUUAUGAUUAUUACUGUUUGUCAUUCCCUAGAUAAAGUUUAAAGCACAUGGUUGCAUUCUAUCCCAAAUCUCUAUUAUCAGAAAACAUGCACACAUUGUGGUCCUCAAGGCAUUCUUUUCAAAUCCACCUUUUAUACAUCACUCUUGUUUCAUCCCAUCUACAUGAUUUCUACUACCACUAACACACUUCAAUAAGUAUGUUCCUUAUUUGCAUGGUCAUGUUAACAAAAUAGUCACAUACCUGACUGUCAUAUUUCCUAUUUAUUGCUAUUCAUUCCGACACUUUUUAAACUUGUUGAGGUGAUGCUUCUAGAAUUCAGCUUUUGUAGGUAAAAACAUUGCCAAAUUAAUUAUUAAAAUUGUGCUCAAAUGUAUUAUGAAAUCAGUUCCAAAGACACAAGUUGAGAAUUAUAUAAGCAGUAUGCAAAAUGUUUCCAAUGCAUUUUAUAAAUUUUUAAAUAAAAUAAAUACAUUACGCUAAUAUUUUUAUUUAUAGACCCAAACUUCCACUGUUGAUAGCAAAAGGACCUGUUGUGAACCAGAACCACAGGUGUGUAUUCUUGUUUUCUAUGUGUAGUGGAUGCAUGGAAUAGCCUUCCAGCUGAAGUGGUAGAGGUUAACACAGUAAAGGAGUUUAAGCAUGCGUGGGAUAGGCAUAAGGCUAUCCUAACUAUAAGAUAAGGCUAGGGACUAAUGAAAGUAUUUAGAAAAUUGGGCAGACUAGAUGGGCCGAAUGGUUCUUAUCUGCCAUCACAUCACAUUCUAUGAAUGUGUCUGUAUAUUCAUCCUUCUAACCAUUCCACUCCUUUUUCAAAAUUUCUGGACUACUGAUAAAAGUUACAAAAAGUGCCUCCAACCCUAUACCCUAAGGUGGUACAUUAAUUAGGACACCAAUUUAAUUUAGAGUAUUGUUUAUACCUGCUGUAUAUUUAUGAAUUAGGCACCUCCUGUAUUAACCCUACAAAGUGCUGUAUUAACCCCAAUCUCGCAGUAUUAACCAAAACGUGCAGUAUUACAUUUUGUGUCCAUUGCACUGACACAGUGUCCUAACAGCAAUAGCUCCACACUGUUCUGUAUAAUUAAUUCCAAAUUUAGGCCAUUAUGGUGAAACUGUCACAAAUGUUGCAAAUUGAGAUGUUAUUACCUCUCUCAGCAUUACUGCCAGUGAAAGAGUGCCAAAGUCAAUCCUGGGGCUUUUCAAGAUCCCACUAAGGGGUUCCAACCCAGGUCAGCCCCUCUAGCAAUGUCCCUAUAGAAAGGAACUGCAUACUGUUGUUACAAGUGUUAUAGGCCUCAAUUUAAACUGUUAUAUAUGUUUUUUAAAUUAUUUAAUAUUUUUGGAUAAUCUUAUAAAAUUAUUUACUACAAUGAAGAAUAUUGUAAUUUUGUAAAAGUUUGAUUUUUUAAAUAUAAUUAUAUAUAUUUUUUUAUAUAUGGUAUAUGUUUUGCUAUUAAAAAAUGUCUAAAAAUAAUUUGAAACGUUUAUACGAAAAUAUUAAAUCAAGGCCUGAAUUAUUCACCAAAACUCUGACACUCUAAGCAUCAAAACCACUACAUCUUAAUGUAGUGGUUUGGGCACUAAGACCUUGAAGAAUUCCCCUAUGCUGAUAAUCAGAUAGCCACUAGAGGCACUUUCUCAAAUAGUGGAAGUCUUCACUUUCAGUGUUAUUGCACUUUGUGAAUGUUUUGAGUGGUCAAGUAAGGCGAUUUUUUUUUAUUUUUUGCAAAAGACAAAGUGAACUAAGUAGUAUGUUUCCACUCAAGUAAACCCAGUGCAAUGCUAUGUAUACACUUAUCCUUAUAAGAGAAAGGUGAUAUAAACUAGGAUAAAGGAAAUAUAAUAAAGUGUAUUAAAACAAAAGCCCGAAUGAUACAUAGAAUGGAUGCCACUUACAUGGGACAGAGCCAAAUAGGUAUAGGAUCAAAUUCUAACAGCAGUGGUAUCUUAGGUAAUACCAAAACAUCUUUAAUUCAGAAGGACUUCAGAGAGGAAAAUAAAGCAAAAGGGGAGACAAGCUCCUAGUGUUAUACUGUAAAGACAAUAUAUAUAUAUAUCAGAAAACAUGCACACAUCAUGGUCCUCAAGGCAUUCUUUUCAAAUCCACCUUUUAUACAUCACUCUUGUUUCAUUCCAUCUACAUGAUUUCUACUACCACUAACACACUUCAAUAAGUAUGUUCCUUAUUUGCAUGGUCAUGUUAACAAAAUAGUCACUUAACUGACUGUCAUUUUUCAUAUUUAUUGCUAUUCAUACCAACACUUUUUAAACUUGUUGAGGUGAUGCUUCUAUAUAUAUACAAAGUUUGCAUUACUGUUUUUGCUCACCCUCUUGAAAGCCAAUGGACUGGCCUCUCAGUAUGAAAGCAAAUGUGCCACUGUGGGGGACAGUACCCUUAUUGGGAAAAGCUGGUGUGUCAGGAAUGUUUUGUUGUUUUUUUUUUGCUUUCUUUCCUUCUGUUUUUGCAUAAUGUCUUACUUGACUUUUUUUUAUUUUAAAACCAGGAGCCCAAUAAUCAAAACAUGCACAAGAACUCUCUGAUAUAAAUACUAUUUCAAGCUUAGUGUCUUAGUAAAUACCAAAACACAUGCAGACUGUACUAUUAAAUAUUAUUUUACUUGUAAAAUCUACGAACUACCAAAUGAGAGCAUUGCGAAUACCUCCUGUUCAGUUAAAAGAAAUAGUUUAUUAGACCAGAUUUGACCUUCUUGGCACAUCUUAUUAACCCCAUUUCCUAACUUUUUAGAUUUUGCAGUUUAAUAAAUUAAGAUGAUUUCUCCCUCCCUUGCUGUAUUUACAGCUUGUGUUACAGGGCCAAGAUUCCAAGCAUGGUUUAAAAGUGUUUCUAUUUGAGUUUCAACCUGAAAAAGGACCAACACCAAAGGUAAAUCCUGGGAGACCAUGGUGAAUCAGGGCUAGACUUUCUGCUAGGCAGGGUUAGCAUUUGCCUACAGUCACAUUCCUGAUAGGGCCAUCAUGUGUGCCAACUCUGCCUGUUAAAAGCCACCCCCGGUGCUUUGUUCUCUUUCAAGCAGAGACUGACAAACAGUCUGGUAACAUUAAACCAUGGGUCCCUAAAAAUCAAUACACAGACUCUAGCCUGGAAAUGCCAUAUAGAUAUAUAUAAAAUAGAAGAAAGGUCCAGGCACUCCAAGGUACAAACCAGGCAAGUUUAUUGAACCCACUCCAUCACAAUAAAAUGGGCUUCAAUACAAUUGCCUGGUUUGUACCUUGGAGUGCCUGGACCUUUCUUCUAUUUUGUUACUCAGCAUUUGGUCUCUGGUACUGAGACUGUCCAAGUGGCACCCAGCUACAUACUACUUAAAGGGACAGAGUAGUAGGGAUAUAUAUAUAUACAUAUAUAUGCUUAUAUAAAAAUGUAUUUUGAACCUCUCAGGAAUUGCCCAUUAUUUCAAUGGAAAUUCUUGUAAUAUCCCAAAAGACAUGAACAAAAAAAGUGUUAUGAAAUAUUUUGUUUGGCAGCAGUUGAAUAACUCCACUCAGUGUUUUUUCAUGAAUUGCACUAGUGAUGAACACAGCACAGGCUCCUUCACAGAAACCUAUAGCUAGCCCUCCCCUAAUUUCACUUACAAUGGGCGGUGGAGGGGGGGGGGUCACUUUACUGGUUGUGAGAUCUUGCCAUGGUGCUUGGAGUGUUUCUUUAAGGGAUUUUACUAAUUUUAUUUUGUUAUAUAUUUUAUGCCAAUUAAAGAAUAGGUCACUGAACUAAUUUUCCAAUUGAUGAAUAGAUCACUAGUACUGUCUGACAAUUACUUGGGUUUCACCUAGCGCCCAUAUCAAAUCAGGUGUUUUUUGCUGGAGAUGCUGGAUGUCUCUAUAGAAUAAAACACAGAUAAUUCAGGGCUGCACUCAUUGGCUAAGAAUGCUCAGCUGACACUCUCAGCCAAUAAGGAUGAUCCUACAUGGCGCUGCAUGGUUCUGUAAGUUAAUCUGAUUCUCCUGUAGGAAAAGACUUUUAGCAGGAGCUGUGGCCAAGGGCGCCUGGUUUGACCCAAGUAAGUUGUCAAACCGUACUAAAAUGAUAUGUACUUAUGUAUAUGAUACUUACCAUGGCACUCUAACCACUGCAGCAGGUGGUUAUGGUGCAUUGGGUGUUCUUUUAAUAGCUCUUUUUGGCUAUUUCACAAACUUUAAUGCUGUGACAUGCUGCUUAUAGUGUAAAAGAUGAAUUAUACAUUUAUGUACAUUAUUCUUGUACAUGUUACGCUAUGAUAUUUGUUCUGUGUUUAUGUUUCAUAUUUGAACUGUAUCCUCAAUAGUUUGCUUGCAUUAAACCAUGAAUUGCCCACAUGUUCAUAUUGCAAAAUUAAAAUCAAUCCAACCAUUAACCAUAAUAAUAUGCUGAGAGGACCUGUAACCAAUCCCAGUGGGUCAUCUAUCACUGUCAUCCAAAGCUGGAUACAUUUGCAAUUUGCAACUAAUAAUGCAGAAGUGAGAUGUGCUGUAAAAGAGCUCUAACUGUAGUCAAAACAAUAUUUGUCAAGAAUAUAGCACCAGAAAUAUUAUCUACCAGUAUGACAUAUUGUGGUUAUGGGGCUUAGUGCUAAAUUACUUGGGCAUGUGGGAUUUAGUGAUAUGGUAGGCAUUAGUGGGCACAAAUAGAUUAACUUUCUUCUUAGUUAGGUUAAAUUACCUGCAUGAAAUAAAUUUAUUUUUUUUAAAUGACUAUUCAUUUAAAUACAAACAAAAAAUACAACUUACAGUGGCACUAUAGGCACUCAGACCAUAAUUACUUUGCAGGGUUAAAGGGAGUCUCCAGUGCGAGGAAAACAAACCAUUUUCCUGGCACUGAAGGUCCCCUCUCCCUCCCUCCCACCCCCCAUCCUAGGUUGCUGAAGGGGUUAAAACCGUAUUAGACCUCCCCAUAGGAAAGCAUUGAAAAUGCUUUCAAUGAUUUCCUAUGGGGAUUUCAGCGAUGCUGGAGGUCCUCACAUAGCGUGAGGACGUCCAGCAACACUAUAGCACAGAAAAUCUGUGCUAUAAACCCGGAAGUGCCCUCUAGUGCUAUAAACCCUCUAGUAUUAGACCUCCCCAUAGGAAAGCAUUGAAAAUGCUUUCAAUGAUUUCCUAUGGGGAUUUCAGCGAUGCUGGAGGUCCUCACAUAGCGUGAGGACGUCCAGCAACACUAUAGCACAGAAAAUCUGUGCUAUAAACCCGGAAGUGCCCUCUAGUGCUAUAAACCCUCUAGUGCCCUCUAGGAGUAGACAGCCACUAGAGGAGGAGUUAACCCUGCAAGGUAAAUAUUGCAGUUUAUGAAAACUGCAAUAUUUACAGUUGCGGGGUUAAGGGUAGUGGGAGUUGGCACCCAGACCACUCCAAUGGGCAGAAGUGGUCUGGGUGCCUGGAGUGUCCCUUUAACUUCACCUCUAGUGGCUUUCUCCCAGACUGGCAGUAGAGGUACUUUUGGGUCGACACAGUAAAGGAGGAGACUAUAAUUACAAGAAGAAAAACUACCACAACAAGAGGACAUGGUCUUAAAUUAGAGGGGCAAAGGUUUAAAAAUAAUAUCAGGAAGUAUUACUUUACUGAGAGGGUAGUGGAUGCAUGGAAUAGCCUUCCAGCUGAAGUGGUAGAGGUUAACACAGUAAAGGAGUUUAAGCAUGUGUGGGAUAUGCAUAAGGCUAUCCUAACUAUAAGAUAAUGCCAGGGACUAAUGAAAGUACUUAGAAAAUUGGGCAGAUUAGAUGGGCCGAAUGGUUCUUAUCUGCCGUCACAUUCUAUGUUUCUUUGUUUCUAUGACUUUUGGUCGCCUGACACUAAAUGUCCUCACGCAGUGCAUGAGAACAUCCAGUGUCAUGUAAAACCCCAUAGGAAAACAUUAAACAUGCUUUCCUAUUGGGGAAAUACUAAUGUGAGCUUAGCUAUUGCCACACAUGUGCAUGCGCUGAUAUCUGCAGGGGAGGAGCGGAGGCAGAGACUGGAACUAUUGUUUCCAUUUAAUUUGCUUCUAAAUGCAAAACUAAUGAAAAUUAUUUUAUUUUUUUUGUCACUUAGGUUGAUGCAGAGAAUGAUGUGUAUAAAGCCACAUUGUAUGGAACAGGAAAACCUAAUUUGUAUCAUCAACCUUAUGACAUGGAAAGUUUCAAUGGCAAUGAUACAGUAAAUUUAGUGGAUACAGAAGUAGAGACUGCUACAACAUCUUUCGUAGAUUUUCUGAAUACUACUCAAGAAAACACUGAUACCACAAAAAAACACAUUGGUGAUCUGAAACCUAAAGACUAUUUUGGCAAGGGAGACUAUUCACAGAGUCACAGUAGAUUAACAUUUUCUGACAUAUUAAAGCAAUAUGGGGUUCUUCCGGAAUCCAAUGCUAUUACUCCCACAAUAGAACCUUAUUACGGAGAUGAAAACAUAACUAAUAGAAGGAAUGAUCCUGAAGAAUAUUACCCUACAGAAGGCAGUGCCUUUGCAGACAUUCCAAAUUACAAUGAAACCUAUGGAGUUACAGCAAUCCCACCUGUAGAGAAAAGUACAGAUAAUCAGAAAGCCAGAGGAAGGAUAGACACCAUGAGGAAAAAUACCAAGAAUAAGAAAAAAGAAUUGGACAGUGCUGAAAGCGCCAGCAUUGAAAAGACAAAAGUCUCCAGAAAAAAACAUGCUUCUGGACACAGAAAAAAAAAUGGUAAACACAGAGAUGUCAGUAAAUCAUCCAAUAGUCGUCAGACGUCAGAAAACACCAGUGAAAGUGACAGUGAAAGUGGCCAGCGAUUUGACUGACACUAAACACUAGACGAAAAUUGAUAUCAAAACAGUAGUUAUCUGUGAGAUUGUUUAAUAAAAAUUGUUUUGUUGUAUCGUGCACAAUGUUCCUUUUUGCAUACAGCUGUUUAUUUUGCAUACAGUUAGCAUGCAAAUAUUCUGUGAAGCAGUAAAUUGGAAAUAUUGUACAAACUGAUCUCUUGUGAAUCAAUUAUACUGAAUAAUGACUGUGAGCACAUAAAUGUACCUACAUGCCCUGGUUAUGUGUCUUUUAUUGACUUAUCACAUAGCAAGUUAUAAUGAGUGCUGGAUAGGAAUCCUACAAACCAAAGAGUGAGCAAUGCUUUAAAA